AGUUAUUAGUAAUCUGGUCACAAACAGUUGAAUAGGAAUUAUUAUAUAUAUGGUUAUCCCAAUCAAUUUAUUAAUUUGUGCUGUGAACAUGGGUUUUGCGCGUGAAAUGCUAAUUUCUGGAGAGCUCUUAGAAUAAAUAUUGUGUUGCCUGGCAAGUUCGUUAUCUGGAAGAAUGAAAUGAAAACAAACACGGCUGGAAAUAGUUCGAUGAUGUUGAGGCUCAUUAUAAUCAUGGGGAAAAAUCAUCGCCACAAAAAAGACUUGAAAGCUGAUAAGGCCAAAGUUAAGUUCAAACAAACAAAAACUAAGUUUCUGCCAAAAGGUCAAAAUGUAACAAACACAACUUUCAAAAUUAAACCUAUUGUAUCGGCUCAGCACUUGAAAGAAAAACCGGAGGGCAUACCAUUAAGCCAAAGAAAAUUGGACGUGAAGGAUUUAUUGAGAAGAAUAAAGCAUCACACCGAAAAUGUUCGCAUCAGUGCUUGCGAAGAGUUGUCAUCCAUAUUUAAGUAUCAUACGGAAGAGCUCAUGCAGAACUCAUUCGAGAUUAUACCGAGUAUCAGUUAUCUAAUGCUGGAUAGGGAAGAGAAAGUGAGGAAAGCAGCACUUAAAGUAGUGAAAACGAUUUUGGAAUUGGUACCCCAUGAGAAAUUGGAAUGCGACCUAAACUAUUUUUCAAUUUACAUGCGAUGUGCCAUGACAAAUAUCAGCCGUAAUAUUCAAGAAGAUUCAUUACUGUUCCUGGACUGUUUUCUAGAUCAUGAUUGUGGUCUGAUUUCAAGAUAUGCAGAUAAGUUACUGCCAAGUUUCUUCAUACUAAUUUCAAAAUUAAGGAGAGAAGCUGGUUUGAAUCGUACUGUGACAGUCAAUUUGGGAAACAAAGUGACCAGCCUUUCAUGGAAAACAAAAUUAUUGAGUAAAUUACAUGCUGUAUUAGAAACUAUGUACAAGAAUAUAGUUAAAUGUCGAAAUUCAGAUCUGAAAGCUCCAAUCAUAGAUGCUAGAAAAUGCCAUUUCUACCCAAUCUAUAAGGAGUCAUUGAGAAGAGCACUUUUUGAUUCAGCUUCGCCUUAUGAGGAUGGAUCUAACAACAUUGAGGAGUCAUAUUUGGCAAUUGAAAAUAAUCUUGAUGCGCUUGUGUCAUUUCUGUAUGAGUCAUGGAUUGAAGUUAUUUCAGACAAAAAAGAUAAUCCCGUUUUGAACGAAGAAGGAGCUGCGGUUCUAUCAUAUAUCAUGAAAACACUUUAUUUGAUAUGGAAAUGUGCAGAAUUAGCUGGUUCAACUAACUCAUUUGCGGAAAAUAUCUUUUCUUCAAAUGAAGGCAAGAAAUUUUUAAACCGUCUGUUGAUGUACUUCCCUUAUUGCCAAAAUGAAGAUGUUUCAAAAUCGAAGAAGAGAUGGAACAAAUCUGGCAGGCUGUCCUUGGACCUAAAUCUUGAUCCUAAUUGUGUUAAGGAAAAUAUGAUGAUAUGUCUCAUCAGUUACCUUGUUUUUAACGAAACUCACAUGAACAGAAAUAUUACAAUUGAAAUGAAAGCUAUACAAUCGUAUCUAAACAAGUGUUUGCUCACUCAGGGAUAUAUCAACGAGAAAAAUAUACAAUACUUGAUUGAAAUUCUAAAAAUGUGUUUAGUAGAGAAGCAUGUUUUAUGGGGUAAAGCUGGUGUAAACCCUAGGUCUCUCGUGGAGAGCACUAUAGUUUUUUGCAAUAGUAUUGUUCUGGGAGAAAAAUAUAAAAUUGAGCUCUUCAAAAUUCUCGCACAUCUUGUUAAUAUCCCUUUUUUAGGAAGAUUAGGCAAAAAACCCAAAAUUCCUUUGCCAGAAAUGAAAUCUCCCAUUGGAUGGCCCCAAUACAACGCUUGGUUGUCUUCCUUGCCAAAACUUUUGUGUGAACCAAAAAUAACAGAUGAUACAGUUGAUUUACUUCUUGAGUUAUCUAAGAAGAAUAAUGAAGUUUUUCACAAAGCUCUUUUGAAGAAUUUGAGUGAAAUUUUUAGAAAUUUGGAUUCCGUAAACUUGGUUGUAACUAAGCCUAGCCUGAAGAAUACCCAACAUACAAUGAGACGGCAUAUUAUAUAUCUCUUCUUUUAUGUUCCCAUAUUUUCAAGAGAACACGAGCAAGAAAUAAAGGACUAUAUUUCUAGGAAUCCUGAAAGCUAUAAUUCUUUUUUCUUGGGAUUGUUGGAGAAACAUUGUGUAGAAUAAAUAUUUUGACUGAUUAAUGUAAACAGUUUUUUAAAUUUUCACUUAUUGUUUUUAGUUUUAUUACUGAAUUAUAUUACAUUGUUUUAUAGU